UUCCAUGCGGCCAAGCAGCAGGCACCGAGGCUGGCAGGCGGCCCCCGGACCGGUGAGUGGCUGCAUCUCCGGGAGGUGAAUGCAUAGGACACCACGUCACCAGAAGCAGCCCAGCCAUCCACGGAGACCAGCUCCAGUCAAGCCAGCGAGCCGCCCGAUGCCCUCUGUCCAUCCGGCCCUCCCGGGCCCAAGCCAUGCUGCUCACGGUCUACUGCGUGAGGAGGGACCUCUCCGAGGCCACCUUCUCCCUGCAGGUCAGGCCUGACUUUGAGCUUCAAGACUUCCGUGUGCUCUGCGAGCUGGAGUCGGGCAUCCCCGCCGAGGAGACCCAGAUCGUCUACAUGGAGCGGCUCCUUGUCGACGACUACUGCUCCCUGGGCGCCUACGGCCUCAAGGACGGCGACAUGGUCAUUUUACUGCAGAAGGAGGCCGCGCGGCCGCGCUCCCCCGGGCUGGCGGCGGGCCUCUCCCGCGUGGAGCCAGCGGGGCCCGCCCUGCCGGGGACGUCCGGCUCCCGGCCGCACCAGCGCGCCCAGUCGGCCCAGCACUCCGGCCGCCGCGGCUCUGGGGAGAAGGCGGGCCCGGGUCAAGGGCUGGACAGCCCGGCCCUGGUCCGCAGCAUGCUGCUGUCCAGCCCGCACGACCUGUCCCUGCUGAAGGAGCGCAACCCCGCCCUGGCCGAAGCGCUGCUCAGCGGAAGCCUGGAGAGCUUCUCCCAGGUCCUGAUGGAGCAGCAACGCGAGAGGGCGCUGAGACAGCAAGAGCGACUGCGCCUCUUCUCGGCUGACCCGUUCGAUCUGGAGGCCCAGGCCAAGAUCGAGGAGGAGAUCCGGCAGCAGAACAUCGAGGAGAACAUGAGCAUAGCCAUGGAAGAGGCGCCGGAGAGCUUCGGCCAGGUGGCCAUGCUCUACAUCAACUGCAGAGUCAACGGGCAUCCUCUGAAGGCCUUCGUCGACUCGGGGGCCCAGAUGACUAUCAUGAACCAAGUCUGUGCCGAGAGGUGCAACAUCAUACGGCUGGUGGAUCGGCGGUGGGCUGGGGUCGCUAAAGGCGUGGGCACGCAGCGAAUCCUCGGGCGAGUCCACCUAGCGCAGAUUCAGAUCGAAGGCGACUUCUUACAAUGCUCUUUCUCUAUACUGGAGGAGCAGCCCAUGGACAUGCUUCUCGGGCUGGAUAUGCUCAGGAGACAUCAGUGUUCCAUCGACCUCAAGAGAAACGUGCUGGUGAUCGGCACAACGGGCACACAGACCUCCUUCCUUCCUGAGGGAGAGUUACCUCCGUGUGCUAAGUUGGUAAGUGGCACGGGGCCAGAGGAGUCUUCAGAUAAGGAAAUAGCAAAUGCUAUUAAACAUUCAGCCAUGGAUUCAGGGUGGAAAAAGCAUUGAAACAGGCUCUAUAUAUGCUAUCACCGUGAGGGAGUCUCAGAUCUCGGGAAAUUAUAAGACAUGAGCUCACUGGCAAUGCAAUCAUUAAAAAAUCGGUAACCACUAAACCUAGCCUUGGGACUAAGUUCUCAGAGCCAUCACUAUGUAAACUGUGAUUGAUUGAUCUUGGUCCAUCCAUUUCCCUUAUCUAAAAAUCACUGACCUUAUCCUGAGAAGACUCUGGAGGCUCCAACUGAUUUUCAGAUAAUCCAUGAAAGGAAAACCAGCCUCUUUGGAGACGCUGUCCAAGGAAAUUAUAGUAUGGCUUGUCCAAACCUGUUGCUCUUUUGCAGAAUUCCCUGGAAAAAGCCAUUGCUACAGAUGGUACAAUGCACCUACACAAAAUGAUUUUAAAUCAGCAGUAACUAUGGUAUAUUUAGGGGAAUACAUUUAUUUUCAUAGAAAUUUUUUUUUUUUUUUUAAGGAAAGGUACUAGAAAUGGUUGGUCAAUUUUACUCAAGUUGAUUAAUACAUAUAAAUGUCUGUUUGGGGCAGUAAGAAGCCAAUUUCAUCAUGACUCCUGUGGAGGCAUGCUCACUGCAAUUCAUUCUAAAAGGCUAUUUCUACCAUACUUGAGAGAGUGAAUUUUUCUCCCAGGAUGUCCUAAAGUAAUUUCCUCUCUCCUCUACAUUCCAAGAAAUUCUGGUCAUAAAAGAAA